UUGCAUAUUGCCCGGGCCAUAAAGCCGGGCCGAGGCGGCGCUGGCGGUGCUGGGCGCUCCCCGGGCUGCCCCGUCUGUCGCUGCACUCCGGCGCCGCGCUCCUGGCUUAGUCAUCCUUUGGUCCCGCGGCAGGAGGCGAGAUGUGGAGGAAGGCGCUGCUGGCCGCCGUGUGCCUCUGGCUGCGCUGGGCGGCUCCGGGCGCAGAAGGCAAAAACAAUUUUGAGGGAAUCGAGAGCAAGUUUUCCUUACGGACACCUGCAGAGCCCGAUGAGGAUGUCUGCUACCUGGUUCCUGGGCAGGUGAACAGCCUGGCACGGUGCAACUUCAAUCACACCAGUAAAACCUUUGUGGUGAUCCAUGGGUGGACGGUGACAGGGAUGUAUGAGAGCUGGGUCCCGAAGCUGGUGGAUGCUCUGUACAAGAGGGAGCCAGACUCAAAUGUCAUCGUGGUGGACUGGCUGGUUCGAGCUCAGGAGCACUACCCGGUGUCGGCUGCGUACACCAGGCUGGUGGGAAAGGAUGUUGCUACUUUUAUUGACUGGAUGGAGGAGGAAUUCAAUUAUCCCCUCAACAAUCUCCACUUGCUGGGGUACAGUCUAGGUGCUCAUGCUGCUGGGAUUGCUGGGAAUCUGACCAAAAAGAAGGUGAACAGAAUUACUGGGCUGGAUCCUGCUGGUCCUACCUUUGAGUAUGCUGAUGAAGUCACUCGCCUCUCCCCGGAUGAUGCUGAGUUUGUGGAUGUCCUACACACCUACACCCGAGGCUCUCCAGACCGCAGCAUUGGGAUCCAGAAGCCUGUUGGACAUAUUGAUAUUUAUCCCAAUGGUGGAGGUUUCCAGCCAGGCUGCAAUUUGGGAGAAGCACUGCGUCUGAUUGCUGAGAAAGGGCUUGGAGAUGUGGAUCAGCUGGUGAAAUGCUCCCAUGAGCGAUCCAUCCACCUCUUCAUCGACUCUCUCCUCAAUGAAGAAAAGCCAAGCAUGGCUUACCGCUGCAACACAAAGGAGGCCUUUGAGAAGGGCCUCUGCCUGAGCUGCCGCAAGAACCGCUGCAACAAUCUGGGUUACAAGGUCAACAGAGUGAGAACAAAGAGGAACACCAAAAUGUAUCUGAAAACCCGUGCUCAGAUGCCCUAUAAAGUCUUUCAUUACCAGGUCAAGAUCCAUUUCUUUGGAAAGACUAACAUGACCAAGACAAACCAGCCAUUCCUGAUCUCUCUCUAUGGCACCCUAGCUGAGAGUGAGAACAUUGGUUUCACACUGCCUGAAGUCUCCUCAAACAAGACCUUCUCCUUCCUGAUUUACACAGAAGUGGAUAUUGGAGACCUGCUUAUGGUGAAGCUGCAGUGGGAAAAAGACACUUUCUUCAGCUGGUCAGACUGGUGGACUCCUUUUACAUUUGACAUCCAGAGAAUCAGAAUGAAGUCAGGGGAAACUCAGAAAAAAGUGGUGUUCUGCUCUCGAGAUGGCACUUCGCGUCUCAGCAAGGGAGAAGAGGCAGCAAUAUUUGUGAAAUGCUCGGAGCAGCCUGCCAACAGGAAGAGAGGAGGGUACAAGUAAUCACUACUGGUUUUAGAUUGUUUUAUUACCACUGGAGUGUACCAAGAAAGCCUCGAAAGAAAAUUCUGCUCAUGAAUCUGCUUAAGUGACAAGAAAAAAGAUUUUUCACACUGGGGAGGAGAAGAGUCUGUUCAUCCCAUAGUGGACUGGAUGUUCAGAACCAAAUAUAUAGAAAUAUUUAUCCGCUGCUGGAUUUUUGCCUGCUAUUCCUAGCUAUUUUAGCGACUUCUUGUAAAAAAGUCUCAGCAUAUGAAGUUACUAACCAUAAAGAUACAUUAUCCAAAUAGUUAAAAAUGAAAGAAACGUGCAAAACUAAUUGCCAAAUUUUGGAGUGAUGAAAAGAUAUAGGCAAUUUUGCUUAAUCACGGUGCCUUGAGCAAGGUUUCUUGACAUUAGAUCCUAUAUAGCAAUUUUUUAAUAUUUAUUGAAAAGAAACAAAGCCCUGUACUUGGUUUUAUUUUAUAUUGCUGUUUUUGUUU